AUGGCUGUCGGAGCUGUCAGAGCGGGGUCAGAUGUCCUCUGGUCUCUCCUCUGUCUAACGGGGCUGACUUUGUGCGCGCAGGGCUCGGACGUGGACUGGGACGACCUUUGGGAUCAGUUUGAAGAGCGGAGGUACCUGAGCGCCCGGAGGUGGAAGGGUGGAGAGGACCCGUACCGGCUCCAUGCCUUUAACCAGCGGGAGAGCGAGAGGAUCCCCAGUGACCGUGCCGUCCGGGACACACGCCAUCACAGGUGUACAACUUUGCACUAUCGACAGGACCUCCCGCCAACCAGCGUCAUCAUCACCUUCCACAAUGAGGCCAGGUCAACCCUGCUAAGGACAAUUCGGAGCGUGCUGAACCGCACCCCAGUGCACCUCGUCCAUGAAAUCAUACUAGUGGAUGACUUCAGUGAUGAUCCUGAUGACUGCCGCUUGUUGGGCAAGCUCCCCAAGAUGAAGUGCUUGCGGAAUGGACGGCGAGAAGGUCUGAUCCGGUCCCGAAUCCGAGGGGCAGAUGUGGCCCAAGCAGGAGUCCUGACCUUCCUCGACAGUCACUGUGAGGUGAAUAAGGACUGGCUGCUCCCUCUGCUGCAGAGGAUCAAAGAGGAUUCCACCAGAGUGGUCAGCCCUGUUAUUGACAUCAUCAACUUGGACACUUUUGCCUAUGUGGCAGCUUCCUCGGAUCUCAGAGGAGGUUUUGACUGGAGUCUGCAUUUCAAAUGGGAGCAGCUUUCCCCGGAGCAGAAAGCCAAACGACUUGAUCCCACUGAACCCAUUAAGACUCCCAUCAUUGCUGGGGGCCUGUUUGUGAUCGACAAAUCCUGGUUCAACCACUUGGGGAAGUAUGACAGUGCUAUGGACAUCUGGGGCGGGGAGAACUUCGAAAUCUCUUUCCGUGUGUGGAUGUGUGGAGGGAGCCUGGAAAUCAUCCCCUGCAGCCGCGUUGGACAUGUCUUCCGGAAGAAACAUCCGUACGUCUUUCCAGAGGGAAACGCCAAUACAUACAUUAAAAACACCAAGCGCACCGCAGAGGUGUGGAUGGACGAAUUCAAGCAGUACUACUAUGCAGCUCGUCCUGCAGCCCAGGGGAGGCCUUAUGGAAAUGUCCAGAGCAGAGUGGAGCUGCGGAAGAGGUUGAAAUGCCACAGCUUCAAGUGGUACCUGGAAAACGUUUAUCCCGAACUUCGGAUUCCAGAGGAAUCUCUUUAUCAGACUGGGAUGAUCAGGCAAAGGCAGAGCUGUCUGGAGUCGCACAAGUCUGAAGCCCAAGAGUUCCCUGUCCUAAGCUUAAAUCCUUGCAUUAGCAGCAAAGGCACGGCAGCAACGGCACAGGAAUGGACAUACACAUACAACCACCAAGUCCACCAGCAGCAGCUCUGCUUGUCUGUGUACACCCUCUUCCCUGGUUCCCAGGUGCUGCUGUCACCUUGCAAAGAAGGUGACAACAAGCAGCGAUGGAGUAAAGUUGGAUCACACAUUGAACACAUAGCUUCACGCUUCUGUUUGGACACUGAGACGAUUGGGGACACAAAUGAGAGUACCAAGGAGCUUGUCAUCAACCCGUGUGAGAGCACAGCCAUGAGUCAGCGCUGGGACAUGGUGAUGUCUUGACCUGCUGGAGGACUUACACAAUGGGGAUGUGCACUGAGACAUUGCUACGUACUGCCAAGAUGCACCAGACGGAGCUCAAAUGCAAAACCACUGGGGGUCCUUGUGUACUAGGGAACAGGAGAAGAAUAAUUCAAAUAAAAAUAAGGAUGUGGCGCUCCGGGUUAAACAACGGAUGUUGUCUGCAAGACAUGCAGGUGGUAUUGGCCUGUUGGCAGUCAUACAUUCAAAGAGAAGGGGUGGCAAAGAAACAAACUUGAAAUGUUUUAGAGGGAUACCGGGCUCCUUCAGUGGGGCCUACAGAAGUUCAGUGUGCACAGCAUUGAUUAAUCUCUCUGGAAACACAGGUAGAACAGCCUUGGAGACCAAAAGGAGACUUGGACUCAGCAAAACAAGAAUCUCAAUAGCUUUUGGGGGGUGAGACAGGUAUGUAAGAGGAAUAUGCCAAGGGAUGCUAAGAAACAUUGCCUGCGAUCAAGUGGAAAACACUGAAUUAUCUUUGCACUUGUCAUUUGCUGUGGAUGAGUAUGUCUUCUGCAGAUGGCACAGGUGGAGCCAUGUUGCAUGUUCAAAUUUGUACCUGAUCCACGUAUGUGUUGUGUAUACAGAGGCAGGGCAGUCAUUUAUGGCUGUGGCCAGGAUCAAACCAGCCAGUAAAGGGGGAAUCCUGCUCUGUGCUACACAUGGGGGUUGUUGAAUCUCCAAAGCCCAAGCAAACACAGGUUUCAGUGUGUGAGAUUAAAGGAUAUAAACUGCUGUUAAACUGGGAGGAAAGGCAGUAACAUGAUUAUUUUUCCUCUCUGAAGGCCAUGGGUGAGCCUCGGACACUGAAAAUUCCCCUAUAAUCUCCCCUAUAACGUGUCUCUCGCUGCUUCAGAUCUGAAAUAAGUCAAAUUUUCACUUUUCUUCCAUAAAAGUAAUAUUUUUGGUAA